GCCGUUCCCUCUCCUCGCGCACGAGUCGGCCCCUUCCUCCCGUUCUCCUCCACGGCUCCACACCGUGCGUCGGGCGCCGCCGCCGCCACCCAGCGUGAGCACGCAGCGACGCCGCCAUUCGCAUCGCUUACCCGUGAACACGCGGCGGUCCUCUGCCACCCCCUGCUCGAGGCCGCCCGUCUCGCGCCCCCACCAGCCGCCGCCGGCCUCGCCUCACCUCUCUCGGUCCGUCGUUGCUACGAAGGAAGAAUCCGCCGGAGGCAGGAACGAGGACCUCCUCGAGCAGGUGAUUCGAUCCGGGUCCAUGGCGGCGGCGGCGGCGCUCGCGGUCACGGACGAGCUGGCCCUGCCGCUUCGCGCGGUGGGGUGCCUGGCGGCGGCCGCCGGGGUCUCGCGGGAGGAGGUCGUCGUCAUCACACAGUGCGCCUCGCCCGGUGGGAAGUUUCCUUUUGAUGAUGCAUCCGUUGGUGCUGUCCUGUCUGUCAUUAAAAAUGUGGAGAGCUUCGGGGAGCAGUUGGUUGCUGAAAUUAGCCGAGUGCUGAAAGCUGGUGGAAUUGUGCUGGUACAGAGCUUCACACCCUCCUCUGAUCAGAAGCUAAACAAUUAUAUCGAGCGCCAACUACUCAUGGGCGGUUUUGUUGAAGUGAACGCUUCUGCUACAAGCUCACAGGAUGGCGUGCAGUCUGUUACUAUCAAGGCAAAGAAGCCAUCUUGGAGUAUGGGUUCUUCCUUCCCCCUGAGAAAAGCAAUAAAGGCUCUUCCAAAGAUUGAAAUCGAUGACGACGAUGAACUGAUUGAUGAAGACAGCCUCUUGACCGAGGAAGACUUGAACAAACCACAGCUUCCAGUUGGUAUAGCCAACAAACUCUGACCUUGUUUAAUUCUUGUGAAGAUGUUUAAUUCAGGCAGGGCUGAGGCUGAGCAGAAGAUGGAGAAGCUGGGGCUGACUGCAGAACAGAUCGAUAACCCCGUGUCAGCUUGUGGCAGUUGUGGGUUGGGCGAUGCGUUCCGUUGCAGCACUUGCCCAUACAGAGGCCUGGCACCGUUUAAGUUGGGAGAGAAGGUCACCUUGUCUGACAACUUCCUUUUGGUCGACAUAUGAUGGCGGAGAGCAGCCGCGGAUGCGAAAUGGCUUGUUCAGUUUGUUGGUUCGUUAGAAAGGAAUCUACGUUUUUCAUGGUAAAGCAUGGACGAUGGUGGUUACAGCAAAAGAAGAUAACGCGCUUGGAAUGGGGUAGCUUGUGUUAGCCUGUCGUGCCCUGCAGUCAGUUCCCAGGUUGAGGUGAGAGCGGAUCGUGAGUGCGUUUUCUAUUUGGGACGAGUACUAUACAUGUCAAGUAUGCUGCAAUGACGAUGUUUGCAUAUACUAGUAAUCUUGCACGCGCAAUUCUAUUAAAAGAGAAGUUACGUAA